AAUGACGGAGUAGUAACGUAGCGUCACGUAACGUAAGCAUCCUUUUUUCCUAACUCCCACCUUCCUCUUUCCCACCGUUUCUUCGUCAGCCUAGUAUUUCUCUUUCUGCCUUUGCUUGUUCCUCUUUUCUCCUCUGCUUCAAGUGAGUGGAUGAAACAGGAUAGAGAUUAAUUGCUCAUCAGAUGGCAGAUAACAGCACAACUGAAGAGUUUGAUGUUUCUUCGCAGACUACUUCAACUGGUAACAAAUAUGGAGGACUUGUGCCAAAGAAGAAGCCUUUGAUUUCAAAGGAUCAUGAACGUGCCUUCUUUGAUUCUGCAGACUGGGCUCUAUGCAAGCAAGGUGCAGGAGUUGAUCAAAAAUCAACAGUGGCUAUAGAAACAUUGCGUCCCAAAUUGCAGAGAACAGCUCAUCAACAACUGCCUCCUCGAAGACCUGCUUGUACAUCUUGACUCAAAUGUUGGACCUCUGCCACUUCAAAAUGCUGGUUUUGUUAUGUUCUUUGCUGGCUAAGUAGAUAAUAUGUCACCAUAAAUACAUGUGUUGUUAUAUAUUGUUAACUAAGGUCCUCUCUUCAAUAUGGGGUUUGGAUGUAAUCACCAAUAGUUCUUUUAAGACUUUCAUUGGUUGAGCAUUUCAAAAUUAUUAUUUUUCCUCUUUCCAGAGUCUCCAAUUGUAUUGUUUUUUUUGGUUUGUAAUUGCUAAUACUUAUAUUCAUCAAAAAUCAGCGAAGCAUUGUUUGGGCCGCCAAUGGCCUGAUUGGCAGGAUAGAA